UGAGUUUCUUCUCCUCCUCCGCUUCCUCCUCGACGAACUCCGAUCCUUCUCCUCUCACCAUUUCCCCCCAAGAUUACCACCCAGAAUCAACUAAAGCAACAAUCUUUUCUCCGCGCUCUUCGAUUCCAAACCCCUAAUUAGGAGCUCGCUGCAAGAAGAUUGCUCUGAGCUCUCGAGCGUUUCUCUGUUCCGCGAUAUUUCAGUUGAUGUGCUGCAACUAGCUGCCCGAAUCCUCAAAGACGGAGCAUUUCUCUGGAGUGGAGUUCUCAAGAAAAGCGUCUAUUUGCGGUCGGAUUGCAAGUUGGCGACCCAAAUCCGUUGCGUGCUACAGGUCGUCAGUUCUUGGGUUCCCCCGCUGACUGGCUCGCCGAUUGGAGCUCUUGAUUCUGCCGCGCCAUGGCGCUGUUCCGGAAGUUCUUCUUCAAGAAACCGCCCGACGGGCUGCUCCUCAUCACGGACAACAUUUACGUUUUUGAUCAUUGCUUUUCCAUGAAAGAGAUGGGAGAUGAUCGUUUUGAAGCCCACAUAAGAGGUGUUGCAGCACAUCUUCUAGAUAAUUUUAGUGAUCAUUCAUUCAUGAUCUCGAAUUUUGGGACUCGAGAUGAAGAAAGUCCUAUAUAUCAUAUUUUAUCCGAGUAUGGUAUGACCGUUUUGGACUACCCUGGACACUAUGAGGGGUGUCCACUACUCACCAUGGAAAUGGUCCACUGCAUCUUGAAGUCGAGCGAAAGCUGGCUGUCAUUGGGUCAGAAUAACUUUCUGAUAAUGCACUGUGAACAAGGAUGCUGGCCUAUUCUGGCUUUCAUGUUAGCUGCUCUCCUGAUAUAUCUGGGACAUUAUUCUGAUGAGCAGAAAACACUGGAUAUGUUUUACAAACAAUCACCAUUAGAGCUCUUGGAGAUGUUUUCGCCUUUGAAUCCCAUGCCAUCUCAAUUGAGAUACUUGCACUAUGUUUCAAUGAGGAAUGUCAUGCCUGAGUGGCCUCCAGUUGAUAGAGUCGUGACGUUGGAUUCUGUGAUUUUGAGGAUGGUUCCAGAUUUUUAUGGUGAAGGUGGGUUCCGCCCAAUAUUCAGGAUAUAUGGCCCAGAUCCACUUAUGCCUACCGAUCAGACUCCUAAAGUUCUUUUUUCAACUCCAAAGAGAAGCAACCUUGUCCGUUUCUAUUCACAGGCAGAUGAACUGGUGAAAAUAAACCUUCAAUGUCAUGUCCAAGGGGAUGUUGUCCUAGAAUGUAUCAAUUUGUAUGAUGAUCUGGAUCGUGAGGAUAUGGUAUUCCGGAUCAUGUUCAAUACGGCUUUUAUCAGGUCAAACAUAUUGAUGUUUAAUCGUGACCAAAUAGACAUGUUAUGGAACACACAAGACCGAUUCCCUAAAGAUUUUCGAGCUGAGGUUAUUUUCUCUGAUAUGGAUGCAACUGCUUCACACAUCACAACAGAACCAGUUAGUCAUCAAGAUAAACAAGGACUUGGUAUUGAAGAGUUCGCUAAGGUGCUUGAUAUAUUCAACCAUUUGGACUGGUUGGAAGGGAAAAGGGAUACUUCACUUCAGACACCUCAACAAAAAACAUCAUCCACUUCCCAUGGAAAUAUAUGUGUAUCUCCGGCUGAUGAGCCCGAGACUUUCUUUGAUACUAAAGAAGAACUUUACUUUGAUAGUCUAUCUGGGGAAAGCUCGUCUUCACUUGUUUUGAAGUUUACAGAUGACUAUGUUAUGGUUGGUAGCACUGAACUUGAACGGGAUCCCCUACAUUCAACCUCGACUGAAGUUCUAUCCAAACUACAAACAAUAGAAGUAGCUCCGUCAUGUACAAGGCCUCCAUCAUUGUUGUUGUCACCUACCAAGAUUAAGAUGCCAAAGACCAGUGCUUCAUCAACUGCACUACCUUCAAGCACGGUUAUACCCCAAGCACCGUCCUCACCAGUUCAGCUACAGCAACUGAUAGAUUCUGCAGUUCAAACUCCACCAACACAAUCAGCGUCAACAUCAGCUGAGAAAUCUGAUUCACAAACUCCAGUAAACCAAGAACCUUCACCUCUUAUUGUGAAUAAUUCAGCAUCAACAGCAUCCUUGAUAGCAUUGUGCACACCUCCGCCUCUUCCUCCACCACCACCUACUGUCUCAUUAGCCCCUGUUUCCCCUAUUUCACCCAUAAAUACUAGUGCAAGUAUAAUCAACUUUACCCUUAGAUCAACCAUACCAUCCCCUUCACUGCCUCCAGAAUCAUCAGCCUCUCCACUAGCUCUUGCAAGAAAUGAAGAGCUGGUUAAAUCUCAAGAACUUUCCUGUGAAAAUCUUGAGAAGUUUCCACCUGAAUUUUCUAGAGCUCCCAAUGUCACCACAUUGUCAUCAGAUUCUCUAUUGUCCAUGGAAAAGGAAUCUAGCUGUACAAGGACAGAUGUCCCAGCAGCUUUGCCUACAAUACCUCUGACUUCAGACACCCUAACCUCAUUAACUCCAGUUACUACUUCAACACCCCCAACCCCUCCGCCGCCACCACCACCACCCCCUCCUCUAAAAUCAGACAUUGUGAUGUUUCCUUUGUCAUAUGGUAAAGUGGUAACAAGCACUAAAGAAAAAGUCGCACCACCUCAGCCUCCACCCCCGCCACCUCCACGGCCAAUACAACCGACAUUGAUUUCAAAUUCAAUACAUUCAUCUAACUCAUCUAUGCAUUCUACACCGCAAAAGAGAGACCGAUCUCCACCCCUGCCCCCACCAUUUCCCAGUUCAUCAUUUUCUCCUCCACAACCACCACCAUUUCCUCCAGCAGUUCCAGGUAUGCGAGCCCGACCUGUCCCACCACCACCACCACCACCACCACUUCCACCUCCUCCAAUGGUUCCAGGGAUGCAAACACGACCCAUUCCACCACCGCCACCUCCUCCUCUUCCAUCUCAAACUAGUUCUUCAGUUUCAUCGAUUCUAUCCACAAGUAAAAAAAUUCCACCGCCACCACCUCCUCCAUAUCAAGCUAGCUCUUUGGGUUCUUCAUUUCCAUCUACAGAAAAAGGACAUGAUGUCGUAGCCCCUCGUCCCCCACCUCCCCCACCAUUGUAUUCCAGGUCAUCUCAUGUUACUUCUGCGCCACCAGCACCACCUGCGCCCCCAUUGCCUCCUCCGAAGCUAGUUGGGGUCAGCAAAUCUUCACAAGAGCAAACAAUAACCCGGCCACCGCCACCUCCACCAGGCCCAGCUCCUAAAAAUUCCUCAAACUCUUUGCAAAAUAGGGGUAAUACUGUCAGUUCAACUCAUCCCCCACCUCCUACAUUCUCAUUUGGCGCGAAGGACCGUAGCACAGCCCGGUCAAGAAGUCCUAAAAGUUUACGGCCCAACCAGUCAUCUAAGAGGACACCACUGAAGCCGUUACACUGGGUGAAAGUGUCGAGAGCUACAAAGGGAAGCUUAUGGGCUGAAACACAGAAGUCUGAUGAAGCAUCUAGAACACCAGAGAUAGAUAUUUCGGAGCUUGAAAGUCUUUUCUCAGUAGCCAUGCCAAACAUGGAGGCAAAACGGGCACGUCAACAUCCUUCUGUUGCAGUGAAACAAGAAAAAGUUCUUUUGAUUGACCUUCAGCGCUCAAAGAAUUGUGAAAUUAUGCUGAGAAACAUUAAGAUGCCACUACCUGAUCUGAUGGAUGCAGUGCUUGCACUUGACGAUUCCGUUGUUGAUGGUGAUCAAGUAGAUUAUCUAAUAAAGUUCUGUCCAACUAAAGAAGAAAUGGAACUACUAAAAGGGUUUACAGGAAACAAAGAGAACCUGGGGAAAUGUGAACAGUUCUUCUUGGAAAUGAUGAAAGUGCCAAGAGUAGAAUCCAAAUUGAGAAUCUUGUCCUUUAAGAUUAAGUUUCUUACACAGGUUCAAGAUCUGAAAAACAGCUUGAAUACUAUCAAUUAUGUUGCUGAAGAGGUCAGGAACUCUGUCAAGCUUAAGCGAAUAAUGCAAACAAUUCUUUCUUUGGGAAAUGCCUUAAAUCAAGGAACUGCAAGGGGGUCGGCCAUUGGAUUUAGAUUGGAUAGUCUUCUUAAACUCAUUGAUAUUCGGGCGCGUAAUAAUAGGAUGACACUCAUGCAUUAUUUAUGCAAGGUUCUUUCUGACAAGCUUCCUGAAGUUCUUGAUUUUGACAAGGACCUCACAUAUUUAGAACCUGCAUCGAAGAUUCAAUUGAAAGACUUGGCGGAAGAAAUGCAAGCAAUAACCAAGGGACUGGAAAAGGUUGAGCAGGAAUUGACAACUUCUGAAAAAGAUGGUCCAGGGUCUGAGAUAUUUUACAAGAAAUUGAAGGAAUUUCUUGCUGAUGCCCAGGCUGAGGGAAGGUCGUUAGCUUUUCUUUACAGUACUGCGGGGAAAAGUGCAGAUUCUCUAGCACAUUAUUUUGGUGAAGAUCCUGUGCGGUGUCCAUUUGAACAAGUUGUCUCUACUUUGCUAAGCUUCGUGAAAACGUUCGAGCGUGCCCACGCUGAGAACCUUAGACAGAUGGAGCUGGAGAAGAAAAGAGCCCAGAUGGAAGCAGAAAGGGAGAAGAUGAAAGCAGCAGCUCACAAGCCGGAUCUGCCGGAGCCAUUUUACUUAGCAGAUAGCAGGAACACAGUUCACUGGGGCAGUGGUUCUUACCGAUCGGACGGCUGGGGACGCAACCGCGGCUUGAUAUAUACCACCUCCACCUCUCCGCCCAUGGCCGCCGCCGCAUCCACCUCCUCCGCCGCCGCCGUCGCCGCCGCGUCACGCCUGCUCGUGCGCCGCUCGCCGCCGCGCCUGCUGCGCCGGGUGCCUCGCGCCCUGCUCGCCGCUGGCCCCUCGCUGCCGUCGUCGUCGUACGGUGCCGCCGUCGCCGUCGCUCUCGCCCGGCCGCUCGGGCACCGCGCUAGGAUGGUGCACACCGCCGCCGCCGCGGGCCCCGCGCUCGGGCUCACCAAGCCCAACGCCGUCGAGCCGCCACAGGUUUCCUUCGCUGCCAAAGACGUCGAAUUCUCCGAUUGGAAGGGAGAUGUCCUCGCAAUCGCGGUGACAGAGAAGGAUCUGAUCAAGGGAUCAGACUCCCAAUUCGAGAAUGCCGUGCUGAAGAAGCUCGACGGCCAGCUCGGCGGUCUCCUGUCGGAGGCCUCGGCGGAGGAGGAUUUCACCGGAAAAGCCGGGCAAUCGGUGGUCCUCCGCCUGCCGGGUCAGGGUUUCAAGAGGGUGGGUCUGAUCGGCCUUGGCCAGAACGCCCCUUCCACCACGGCGGCUUGCAAGGGCAUCGGCGAGUCGAUCGCAUCGGUUGCCAAGUCUGUUCAAGCAUCCAGUGCUGCCAUCGUGUUUGCUUCCGGUGGUGGGAUCCAGGAAGAUUUUAAGCUGACUGCCGCGGCAGCAAUUGCUUCAGGAACUGUGCUUGGAUUGCAUGAGGACAGCAGAUACAAGUCUGAGUCGAAGAAGGUGCAUCUUAAACAGGUUGAUCUUAUUGGAUUUGGUUCUGGUCCGGAGGUGGACAAGAAACUUAAGUAUGCCAAUGAUCUCUCCUCGGGUGUAAUCUUCGGGAAAGAGCUCGUGAACUCACCUGCAAAUGUUCUUACACCUGCUGUGCUCGCGGAGGAGGCAUCAAAGAUUGCUUCUGAAUACAGCGACGUAAUCACUGCCACAAUAUUAGAUGUGGAGAAAUGUAAAGAGUUAAAGAUGGGCUCGUACUUGGCAGUUGCCGCAGCUUCUGCAAACCCUCCCCACUUCAUCCACUUGUGCUACAAACCUCCUGGUGGGAAUGCCAAGAGAAAGCUGGCUAUUGUUGGGAAGGGUCUAACUUUUGACAGUGGUGGCUACAACAUUAAAACUGGGCCAGGCUGCAGCAUUGAGCUGAUGAAGUUUGACAUGGGAGGGUCUGCAGCAGUCUUUGGUGCAGCAAAAGCUUUGGGCCAAAUCAAGCCCGCUGGAGUAGAGGUUCAUUUUAUUGUUGCUGCUUGUGAAAAUAUGAUUAGCGGCACUGGCAUGAGACCUGGUGACAUUGUGACUGCUUCCAACGGGAAGACUAUUGAGGUAAAUAACACUGAUGCGGAGGGAAGGCUUACACUUGCUGAUGCCUUGGUGUAUGCUUGCAACCAAGGUGUUGACAAGAUUAUUGAUCUGGCAACACUUACCGGUGCCUGCGUCGUUGCUCUUGGGCCUAGCAUUGCUGGUAUUUUUACGCCAAGUGAUGAACUAGCCAAGGAAGUUGCUGCGGCAUCGGAGGUGUCAGGAGAGAAGUUCUGGAGACUGCCGCUAGAGGAGAGCUACUGGGAGUCGAUGAAGUCUGGUGUUGCUGACAUGGUUAACACAGGUGGCCGGCAGGGUGGUUCUAUCACUGCAGCACUCUUCCUGAAACAGUUUGUGGAUGAGAAGGUGCAGUGGAUGCACAUUGACAUGGCCGGGCCAGUGUGGAACGACAAGAAGCGGGGGGCCACCGGAUUCGGCGUCUCCACCUUGGUGGAGUGGGUUCUCAAGAACUCAUCUUGAACCAUUUAUUCCUUCUUAAAGCUUGGUGGUGGCGAAGUGGCCAGUUAGGGCCAUUGCAUACAUGUUAAGUGGAUCAUAGAAUAAGAAAAAGAAAAAUUGGGCGUCGUUUCCUUUCGAGCUGGGGUGUCGAAUUGUUGGUGUAAUCAUCACAGGAUGUUAGCCCGGCACGGCAAGUCAGGCCGUGCCGUGUAACUCUCUCCUUUUUCUCACUGUCACUGUGGAAUAACGUUCUUCCUUUUCAUUUGUGGCAAUGAAACAUCAUUGUCUGUCGGUGAUAAAACGUAUAUCAGGUUCCUGAAAUAUUUGAACAA